CCGCCAUCCAUUCCCGGCCUGGGCCGCGCGCGGGCGCCGUGAGCGCGCGCCCGGGCCUGUGACCGGCUCGGGAAUGGACUACGGCUCGGUCACGGGCGAGAGGCCGAAGCUCCUGCUAGGCCGCCGUCGGCUUCAGUUCUUCCUGCCCGCCGGCUGCUGCGGAAGCCCGGGCGCCCGCGGAGCGGCGGUCCGCCGCGGCCUCUCCCCACUCCCCGGCGGGCUGGGGGCGCUGCGGCCCCGCGCCCGGGCGGCCCGCGGCGGUGCGUCACGCGCCUCCCCGCUGCUGCUGCUCCUCCUCGUGCCGCGCCCGCGGCCCGGUGCCGCCGUGGCCCCGGCCGGGCGCGGCGGCGGCGCGUGGAGAUGCCCGCCGGCUCUGCCGGGCGCGGCCGGCGCCCUUCACCCGGGCCUGUGCCCGGCGGGCCCGGCGGCUGUCCGCGCUGGCUCCCGGAGAGAGCUAAGCCUGUCUGCUGGGUGCCUGCAGCUGGAACACAAAAGGAGAGAUUUCACCUCUGCUGGGAAUAGGAAGCUCUACUUUGAUACUCAUGCUUUAGUGUGCCUUCUGGAAGAAAAUGGGUUUACUACUCAACAAGCAGAAAUCAUUGUGUCUGCAUUGGUCAAGAUCAUGGAUGCCAACAUGGAUAUCAUCUACAAAGAUAUGGUCACCAAAAUGCAGCAGGAAAUUACUCUUCAGCAAAUAAUGUCCAAGAUUGCCAAUGUGAAAAAGGAUAUGAUUAUUUUGGAAAAGAGUGAGUUUUCAGCCCUCAGAGCAGAAAAUGAGAAAAUAAAACUUGAGCUACAUCAGCUAAAACAACAAGUAAUGGAUGAAGUGAUCAAAGUGCGCACAGAUACCAAGUUAGAUUUCAACCUAGAAAAAAGCAGAGUGAAAGAAUUGUACUCACUGAACGAGAGGAAGCUACUGGAACUGAGAACAGAAAUAGUGGAAUUGCAUGCCCAGCAAGACCGCGCCUUGACCCAGACCGAUAGGAAGAUAGAAACUGAGGUUGCUGGCCUAAAAACCAUGCUUGAGGCGCACAAGCUUGAUACUAUCAAAUAUUUAGCAGGGUCUGUAUUUACAUGCCUAACAGUAGCUCUGGGAUUUUAUCGCCUGUGGAUAUAAUAAAGUGUCUAUUUAAAGAGAUUUCUAUUGUUUGCCUUAAGAAUACCAGGUUGUUAUCUGCUUUUUUCCUUGUUUCUAAUUUCAAAUCCUGAUUCUGACAUACUGCAUAUUAUUUAUCUGUAUGCAUAUUGUGGGCAAUAUAACCAAGGUCAAGAUUCCACAACAAUCCCUCACAUCUUCUCUGCUCAGCUGACCUUAUGGACCGCCCAUUGACAAUGCCACCCAGCUGAACCAGGGAACUUGUUCUAACCUGUGAUGCACACCAGAGUAAAUACUUGUAUAGUUCUCUACAAUUUACAAUGUUUUGUUACUUAGAUGAUUUGGAAUUUCCAUGUCAAGGGCACAGUGGCUUUAUGUGCUGAAGGAUCAUUGAAAUUCAGCCCGUGGCAUCAGCUUCUGCUUCCUGAGCAACCUUCACAGCCAUUCCCCGUGCCCAAGUGGCUUCCAUUGUAGUUGGUUGAUAUGUUAAUAAUGCUGUAUUAAUGCACUUAAAGAAGACUUUUUUUGUUCAUUUC